AUGAAGAUCGCAAACGUCCUCGGCCUCAUGGUCGCCGGCCUUGCUGCUGCUUCCUUUGCCACUGUCCUCAACAUUGGUGUCCAUGAGAAGGUCGUUGCAGCCUUGGCAGCCAGAGACAUGUCCCUUGACGAAAUCAACAACAUCAUCAAUCUCAUGCCUCGCCAAGAACCAGUCACUGUCACCGUCGUUCCAAAUGGUUGUCCUCCCUAUGGCACUCUGUCCACCUCUACCCCAGCUGUUCCAACCGUUCCUCUCACCACCGAAGUCACCGUUACCUCGUCUGUCACGUCCAUGGUCACCACUAUUACUCCAACUGCGCCCGUCACUCCUACCUCUGUUGCUAGCAGUGAGACUCCGGUUGAGACUCCUGUUGUUCCACCCACACCUGCUGUUUCGACUGUUGAGACCACUCUCGUUACUCCGACUCCGCCUGUGGAGAGUAGCGUUCCAGCUACAUCCGAGUCCAAUACCCCAACCCCAUCUGAGAGUAGCUCUGUUGUUGGGACCACUUCGUCUUCAACCUUCACCCAGACCAGCCUCUCCACUCCUCCCACUCAGACCACAGCCACUGCUACUACCUCCACUGGCAUUCCGCAAGCUCCCAACGCUGGUGGUGCUGGAACUAUUGGUGUCAACCUUGGCUUGGCCGGUUUGAUGGCUGUGUUGGCCGUGGCCUGA